ACACUUCAGAGGCACCACUACCAAAUUGAUUUCAAACAAUUGGAUCCAUCUUUUUCUACAGAUCUCAGUACAUUUUAAAAAGGCACCACCAGCAGACCAUUCAAGAUGGAUAAGUUCCGUAUGAUGUUCCAGUUCCUCCAAUCCAACCAGGAGUCCUUUAUGAAUGGCAUCUGUGGUAUCAUGGCCCUAGCUAGCGCCCAGCUCUACUCAGCCUUCGAGUUUAGCUGCCCUUGUAUCCCGGAGUACAACUACGCCUAUGGGAUUGGACUGCUGGUUAUCCCACCUAUAUGGUUCUUCCUACUAGGGUUCGUGUUGAAUAACAAUGUUUCGAUGUUAGCCGAGGAGUGGAAAAGACCGACAGGGAAGAGGGUGAAGGAUCCGACGAUCCUUCGUUACAUGUUCGUUUCGAUCACGCAGCGGUCCUUGAUCGCGCCCAUGGUGUGGAUAUCUGUGACUCUUAUGGACGGGAAGAGCUUCCUGUGUGCGUUCAGCGUCAACUUGGACAUUCGUCAGUUUGGGAAUUAUACCCUCAUUGAGGGAAUGACGGAAGUGGAGAUUGUUAAAUUGUUAGCGAAGAUUCCAUGCAAGAAUAUCUUCGAUCAGCCCGAGGUGAUAUCGAGAGAAGCGGCAUCGAGAUAUAUCACGUGUAUAUCCCAGGCGUUUGGCUGGGUAUUCCUGCUGCUGAUGACCUUAGCAGCCUUCAUGAUACGAGCCAUCCGACCCUGCUUCACCCAAGCUGCCUUCCUCAAGACCAAAUACUGGUCUCACUACGUCGACAUCGAACGCAAGCUCUUUGACGAGACGUGCAAGGAGCACGCCAAGACCUUCGCCAAGGUCUGCAUCCAGCAGUACUUCGAGAGCAUCAGCGGCGACAUGCGCAGCUUCCACAAGCACCAGUCAAGCAAAGACGAUAGCGACGGCGAUGAUGAUGACAAGAAGAAGAGCGACGAGGACAAGCUUCUCGGGAUCCGCGACCAGGACGAUAUGAAUAAAGUUCUGUGGAAUUGGCACACGUGUAAGCCGCCUCUGGCACUAAGGAAGGAACAGCCGGAUGGAGAAUCCCAUGAAGGGCUCAUACCAAAUGGAGAUGUCAGUGGAGGGCCAAAUGGAUAUGCUAACCAUAACGCUCCCGAUUUGCCUAAAAGGGAAUGGGCGGUAUACUACAGCAAAGUUUGA